AUGGACGAUUUUCCGGCCAAGGUUCACGGAGGGAUGACCGGGCGAAGGGAGAGAAUGAUGACGGAAGGCGAGCUGCGCGCCGAGUGCGAGACGGGGGGGAAUCGGCGGACGGGGGUAGAAAGGCCGCGAGAGAGGGAAGGGGGGAGGGAGGGGGAAAGGAGGAGCAAGGGGGAAGGGGGCAAGGAGGGAGAAAGGAGGGAGGUGCAAAAUAAGAGGGAGGGGAAAAGGAGGAGGGAGGGGAAAGGGGUGGAGAGGGAUUUGCGGAGGAGCAGGGAAGGGCGGAGGGAGCGUACGGGGAGAGAGAGGCAUGCUGGCGAAGGAAGCGAUGCAGUGCGGUGCGGAGGGAUGGAGGAGAAUAAGGCGAGUGGUGGAGGGAAGGACGGGGAGAGGACGGAUUCUGUAAGAACCAGAGUCACGGAUGGCGGUUGUGGCAGGGCCCAAGGGUUGGCGUUGGGCCCACAGCUGGCGGGGCAGCGCAGGAAGAGAGUGAAAGCAGUGGCAGUAACCGUGGCGGCAGGGGAGGUGCAUGUGAGAGGGUGGGCAAGUAUGAGAGAUGCAAAGGUGGGCAACAGUGACUCGCCCGUGCCUUCUAUGCCUCUGUUGCCCACGCUGCCCGUGCUGCCCGUGCCGCCCGUGCUGCCAGCAAUACGGAUGAGUGCAGGCAAGAGCACGCUGGGCGGGCGGCGCCGCCACCUGAGUGCCACAGAGUAUUUUGGAAGCGGUGGGGCCGGCAGCAGGGCCUGUGGGAGGCGCGCUGGCGCAUGUGAGCGUGCUACGGGCGGGGAAGACCUGGAGUGUGGUGCUGGCAGGGGAGGCUUGGAGUGUGGUGCUGGCAGGGAAAGGUGUGAAUGUGGUGCGCGCAGCACGGCAUGUGAAGAUGCCCGCCCUGCUGUGUGCUCCGCUAUUGACAGUCACGGGUUAAGUCAAGGGAUCGAGGCGGGGCAAUGGAGAGAUGGGGAAGAUGACCAAGACAAGGGCGUCUGUCGGACAGAAGGAAAAGGGGGGACAGGAGGACGGGGGGAAGGAGGAAAGGCAGCAGUGGCAGGGGAUGGUUGUGCUGUUGCGACUGUGCGCCGUGCUUCUGCAUCUGCUGCCGCCAUUCCCGCUCCUGCAGUGGCUCGUGUCACUCCACCACCUCCCCAGGGCACAUGGAGGCUGAUCAAAGAGCCAUGGCUGAGAGCAGCAGGGCACAUGGAGGCUGCACACAGGGAUCAACAGCUGGCCAGCCAUGGCAGUGUGUUGAGAGCAGCAGGGCACAUGGAGGCUGCACACAGGGAUCAACAGCUGGCCAGCCAUGGCAGUGUGUUGAGAGCAGCAGGGCACAUGGAGGCUGCACACAGGGAUCAACAGCUGGCCAGCCAUGGCAGUGUGUUGAGAGCAGCAGGGCACAUGGAGGCUGCACACAGGGAUCAACAGCUGGCCAGCCAUGGCAGUGUGUUGAGAGCAGCAGGGCACAUGGAGGCUGCACACAGGGAUCAACAGCUGGCCAGCCAUGGCAGUGUGUUGAGAGCAGCAGGGCACAUGGAGGCUGCACACAGGGAUCAACAGCUGGCCAGCCAUGGCAGUGUGUUGAGAGCAGCAGGGCACAUGGAGGCUGCACACAGGGAUCAACAGCUGGCCAGCCAUGGCAGUGUGUUGAGAGCAGCAGGGCACAUGGAGGCUGCACACAGGGAUCAACAGCUGGCCAGCCAUGGCAGUGUGUUGAGAGCAGCAGGGCACAUGGAGGCUGCACACAGGGAUCAACAGCUGGCCAGCCAUGGCAGUGUGUUGAGAGCAGCAGGGCACAUGGAGGCUGCACACAGGGAUCAACAGCUGGCCAGCCAUGGCAGUGUGUUGAGAGCAGCAGGGCACAUGGAGGCUGCACACAGGGAUCAACAGCUGGCCAGCCAUGGCAGUGUGUUGAGAGCAGCAGGGCACAUGGAGGCUGCACACAGGGAUCAACAGCUGGCCAGCCAUGGCAGUGUGUUGAGAGCAGCAGGGCACAUGGAGGCUGCACACAGGGAUCAACAGCUGGCCAGCCAUGGCAGUGUGUUGAGAGCAGCAGGGCACAUGGAGGCUGCACACAGGGAUCAACAGCUGGCCAGCCAUGGCAGUGUGUUGAGAGCAGCAGGGCACAUGGAGGCUGCACACAGGGAUCAACAGCUGGCCAGCCAUGGCAGUGUGUUGAGAGCAGCAGGGCACAUGGAGGCUGCACACAGGGAUCAACAGCUGGCCAGCCAUGGCAGUGUGUUGAGAGCAGCAGGGCACAUGGAGGCUGCACACAGGGAUCAACAGCUGGCCAGCCAUGGCAGUGUGUUGAGAGCAGCAGGGCACAUGGAGGCUGCACACAGGGAUCAACAGCUGGCCAGCCAUGGCAGUGUGUUGAGAGCAGCAGGGCACAUGGAGGCUGCACACAGGGAUCAACAGCUGGCCAGCCAUGGCAGUGUGUUGAGAGCAGCAGGGCACAUGGAGGCUGCACACAGGGAUCAACAGCUGGCCAGCCAUGGCAGUGUGUUGAGAGCAGCAGGGCACAUGGAGGCUGCACACAGGGAUCAACAGCUGGCCAGCCAUGGCAGUGUGUUGAGAGCAGCAGGGCACAUGGAGGCUGCACACAGGGAUCAACAGCUGGCCAGCCAUGGCAGUGUGUUGAGAGCAGCAGGGCACAUGGAGGCUGCACACAGGGAUCAACAGCUGGCCAGCCAUGGCAGUGUGUUGAGAGCAGCAGGGCACAUGGAGGCUGCACACAGGGAUCAACAGCUGGCCAGCCAUGGCAGUGUGUUGAGAGCAGCAGGGCACAUGGAGGCUGCACACAGGGAUCAACAGCUGGCCAGCCAUGGCAGUGUGUUGAGAGCAGCAGGGCACAUGGAGGCUGCACACAGGGAUCAACAGCUGGCCAGCCAUGGCAGUGUGUUGAGAGCAGCAGGGCACAUGGAGGCUGCACACAGGGAUCAACAGCUGGCCAGCCAUGGCAGUGUGUUGAGAGCAGCAGGGCACAUGGAGGCUGCACACAGGGAUCAACAGCUGGCCAGCCAUGGCAGUGUGUUGAGAGCAGCAGGGCACAUGGAGGCUGCACACAGGGAUCAACAGCUGGCCAGCCAUGGCAGUGUGUUGAGAGCAGCAGGGCACAUGGAGGCUGCACACAGGGAUCAACAGCUGGCCAGCCAUGGCAGUGUGUUGAGAGCAGCAGGGCACAUGGAGGCUGCACACAGGGAUCAACAGCUGGCCAGCCAUGGCAGUGUGUUGAGAGCAGCAGGGCACAUGGAGGCUGCACACAGGGAUCAACAGCUGGCCAGCCAUGGCAGUGUGUUGAGAGCAGCAGGGCACAUGGAGGCUGCACACAGGGAUCAACAGCUGGCCAGCCAUGGCAGUGUGUUGAGAGCAGCAGGGCACAUGGAGGCUGCACACAGGGAUCAACAGCUGGCCAGCCAUGGCAGUGUGUUGAGAGCAGCAGGGCACAUGGAGGCUGCACACAGGGAUCAACAGCUGGCCAGCCAUGGCAGUGUGUUGAGAGCAGCAGGGCACAUGGAGGCUGCACACAGGGAUCAACAGCUGGCCAGCCAUGGCAGUGUGUUGAGAGCAGCAGGGCACAUGGAGGCUGCACACAGGGAUCAACAGCUGGCCAGCCAUGGCAGUGUGUUGAGAGCAGCAGGGCACAUGGAGGCUGCACACAGGGAUCAACAGCUGGCCAGCCAUGGCAGUGUGUUGAGAGCAGCAGGGCACAUGGAGGCUGCACACAGGGAUCAACAGCUGGCCAGCCAUGGCAGUGUGUUGAGAGCAGCAGGGCACAUGGAGGCUGCACACAGGGAUCAACAGCUGGCCAGCCAUGGCAGUGUGUUGAGAGCAGCAGGGCACAUGGAGGCUGCACACAGGGAUCAACAGCUGGCCAGCCAUGGCAGUGUGUUGAGAGCAGCAGGGCACAUGGAGGCUGCACACAGGGAUCAACAGCUGGCCAGCCAUGGCAGUGUGUUGAGAGCAGCAGGGCACAUGGAGGCUGCACACAGGGAUCAACAGCUGGCCAGCCAUGGCAGUGUGUUGAGAGCAGCAGGGCACAUGGAGGCUGCACACAGGGAUCAACAGCUGGCCAGCCAUGGCAGUGUGUUGAGAGCAGCAGGGCACAUGGAGGCUGCACACAGGGAUCAACAGCUGGCCAGCCAUGGCAGUGUGUUGAGAGCAGCAGGGCACAUGGAGGCUGCACACAGGGAUCAACAGCUGGCCAGCCAUGGCAGUGUGUUGAGAGCAGCAGGGCACAUGGAGGCUGCACACAGGGAUCAACAGCUGGCCAGCCAUGGCAGUGUGUUGAGAGCAGCAGGGCACAUGGAGGCUGCACACAGGGAUCAACAGCUGGCCAGCCAUGGCAGUGUGUUGAGAGCAGCAGGGCACAUGGAGGCUGCACACAGGGAUCAACAGCUGGCCAGCCAUGGCAGUGUGUUGAGAGCAGCAGGGCACAUGGAGGCUGCACACAGGGAUCAACAGCUGGCCAGCCAUGGCAGUGUGUUGAGAGCAGCAGGGCACAUGGAGGCUGCACACAGGGAUCAACAGCUGGCCAGCCAUGGCAGUGUGUUGAGAGCAGCAGGGCACAUGGAGGCUGCACACAGGGAUCAACAGCUGGCCAGCCAUGGCAGUGUGUUGAGAGCAGCAGGGCACAUGGAGGCUGCACACAGGGAUCAACAGCUGGCCAGCCAUGGCAGUGUGUUGAGAGCAGCAGGGCACAUGGAGGCUGCACACAGGGAUCAACAGCUGGCCAGCCAUGGCAGUGUGUUGAGAGCAGCAGGGCACAUGGAGGCUGCACACAGGGAUCAACAGCUGGCCAGCCAUGGCAGUGUGUUGAGAGCAGCAGGGCACAUGGAGGCUGCACACAGGGAUCAACAGCUGGCCAGCCAUGGCAGUGUGUUGAGAGCAGCAGGGCACAUGGAGGCUGCACACAGGGAUCAACAGCUGGCCAGCCAUGGCAGUGUGUUGAGAGCAGCAGGGCACAUGGAGGCUGCACACAGGGAUCAACAGCUGGCCAGCCAUGGCAGUGUGUUGAGAGCAGCAGGGCACAUGGAGGCUGCACACAGGGAUCAACAGCUGGCCAGCCAUGGCAGUGUGUUGAGAGCAGCAGGGCACAUGGAGGCUGCACACAGGGAUCAACAGCUGGCCAGCCAUGGCAGUGUGUUGAGAGCAGCAGGGCACAUGGAGGCUGCACACAGGGAUCAACAGCUGGCCAGCCAUGGCAGUGUGUUGAGAGCAGCAGGGCACAUGGAGGCUGCACACAGGGAUCAACAGCUGGCCAGCCAUGGCAGUGUGUUGAGAGCAGCAGGGCACAUGGAGGCUGCACACAGGGAUCAACAGCUGGCCAGCCAUGGCAGUGUGUUGAGAGCAGCAGGGCACAUGGAGGCUGCACACAGGGAUCAACAGCUGGCCAGCCAUGGCAGUGUGUUGAGAGCAGCAGGGCACAUGGAGGCUGCACACAGGGAUCAACAGCUGGCCAGCCAUGGCAGUGUGUUGAGAGCAGCAGGGCACAUGGAGGCUGCACACAGGGAUCAACAGCUGGCCAGCCAUGGCAGUGUGUUGAGAGCAGCAGGGCACAUGGAGGCUGCACACAGGGAUCAACAGCUGGCCAGCCAUGGCAGUGUGUUGAGAGCAGCAGGGCACAUGGAGGCUGCACACAGGGAUCAACAGCUGGCCAGCCAUGGCAGUGUGUUGAGAGCAGCAGGGCACAUGGAGGCUGCACACAGGGAUCAACAGCUGGCCAGCCAUGGCAGUGUGUUGAGAGCAGCAGGGCACAUGGAGGCUGCACACAGGGAUCAACAGCUGGCCAGCCAUGGCAGUGUGUUGAGAGCAGCAGGGCACAUGGAGGCUGCACACAGGGAUCAACAGCUGGCCAGCCAUGGCAGUGUGUUGAGAGCAGCAGGGCACAUGGAGGCUGCACACAGGGAUCAACAGCUGGCCAGCCAUGGCAGUGUGUUGAGAGCAGCAGGGCACAUGGAGGCUGCACACAGGGAUCAACAGCUGGCCAGCCAUGGCAGUGUGUUGAGAGCAGCAGGGCACAUGGAGGCUGCACACAGGGAUCAACAGCUGGCCAGCCAUGGCAGUGUGUUGAGAGCAGCAGGGCACAUGGAGGCUGCACACAGGGAUCAACAGCUGGCCAGCCAUGGCAGUGUGUUGAGAGCAGCAGGGCACAUGGAGGCUGCACACAGGGAUCAACAGCUGGCCAGCCAUGGCAGUGUGUUGAGAGCAGCAGGGCACAUGGAGGCUGCACACAGGGAUCAACAGCUGGCCAGCCAUGGCAGUGUGUUGAGAGCAGCAGGGCACAUGGAGGCUGCACACAGGGAUCAACAGCUGGCCAGCCAUGGCAGUGUGUUGAGAGCAGCAGGGCACAUGGAGGCUGCACACAGGGAUCAACAGCUGGCCAGCCAUGGCAGUGUGUUGAGAGCAGCAGGGCACAUGGAGGCUGCACACAGGGAUCAACAGCUGGCCAGCCAUGGCAGUGUGUUGAGAGCAGCAGGGCACAUGGAGGCUGCACACAGGGAUCAACAGCUGGCCAGCCAUGGCAGUGUGUUGAGAGCAGCAGGGCACAUGGAGGCUGCACACAGGGAUCAACAGCUGGCCAGCCAUGGCAGUGUGUUGAGAGCAGCAGGGCACAUGGAGGCUGCACACAGGGAUCAACAGCUGGCCAGCCAUGGCAGUGUGUUGAGAGCAGCAGGGCACAUGGAGGCUGCACACAGGGAUCAACAGCUGGCCAGCCAUGGCAGUGUGUUGAGAGCAGCAGGGCACAUGGAGGCUGCACACAGGGAUCAACAGCUGGCCAGCCAUGGCAGUGUGUUGAGAGCAGCAGGGCACAUGGAGGCUGCACACAGGGAUCAACAGCUGGCCAGCCAUGGCAGUGUGUUGAGAGCAGCAGGGCACAUGGAGGCUGCACACAGGGAUCAACAGCUGGCCAGCCAUGGCAGUGUGUUGAGAGCAGCAGGGCACAUGGAGGCUGCACACAGGGAUCAACAGCUGGCCAGCCAUGGCAGUGUGUUGAGAGCAGCAGGGCACAUGGAGGCUGCACACAGGGAUCAACAGCUGGCCAGCCAUGGCAGUGUGUUGAGAGCAGCAGGGCACAUGGAGGCUGCACACAGGGAUCAACAGCUGGCCAGCCAUGGCAGUGUGUUGAGAGCAGCAGGGCACAUGGAGGCUGCACACAGGGAUCAACAGCUGGCCAGCCAUGGCAGUGUGUUGAGAGCAGCAGGGCACAUGGAGGCUGCACACAGGGAUCAACAGCUGGCCAGCCAUGGCAGUGUGUUGAGAGCAGCAGGGCACAUGGAGGCUGCACACAGGGAUCAACAGCUGGCCAGCCAUGGCAGUGUGUUGAGAGCAGCAGGGCACAUGGAGGCUGCACACAGGGAUCAACAGCUGGCCAGCCAUGGCAGUGUGUUGAGAGCAGCAGGGCACAUGGAGGCUGCACACAGGGAUCAACAGCUGGCCAGCCAUGGCAGUGUGUUGAGAGCAGCAGGGCACAUGGAGGCUGCACACAGGGAUCAACAGCUGGCCAGCCAUGGCAGUGUGUUGAGAGCAGCAGGGCACAUGGAGGCUGCACACAGGGAUCAACAGCUGGCCAGCCAUGGCAGUGUGUUGAGAGCAGCAGGGCACAUGGAGGCUGCACACAGGGAUCAACAGCUGGCCAGCCAUGGCAGUGUGUUGAGAGCAGCAGGGCACAUGGAGGCUGCACACAGGGAUCAACAGCUGGCCAGCCAUGGCAGUGUGUUGAGAGCAGCAGGGCACAUGGAGGCUGCACACAGGGAUCAACAGCUGGCCAGCCAUGGCAGUGUGUUGAGAGCAGCAGGGCACAUGGAGGCUGCACACAGGGAUCAACAGCUGGCCAGCCAUGGCAGUGUGUUGAGAGCAGCAGGGCACAUGGAGGCUGCACACAGGGAUCAACAGCUGGCCAGCCAUGGCAGUGUGUUGAGAGCAGCAGGGCACAUGGAGGCUGCACACAGGGAUCAACAGCUGGCCAGCCAUGGCAGUGUGUUGAGAGCAGCAGGGCACAUGGAGGCUGCACACAGGGAUCAACAGCUGGCCAGCCAUGGCAGUGUGUUGAGAGCAGCAGGGCACAUGGAGGCUGCACACAGGGAUCAACAGCUGGCCAGCCAUGGCAGUGUGUUGAGAGCAGCAGGGCACAUGGAGGCUGCACACAGGGAUCAACAGCUGGCCAGCCAUGGCAGUGUGUUGAGAGCAGCAGGGCACAUGGAGGCUGCACACAGGGAUCAACAGCUGGCCAGCCAUGGCAGUGUGUUGAGAGCAGCAGGGCACAUGGAGGCUGCACACAGGGAUCAACAGCUGGCCAGCCAUGGCAGUGUGUUGAGAGCAGCAGGGCACAUGGAGGCUGCACACAGGGAUCAACAGCUGGCCAGCCAUGGCAGUGUGUUGAGAGCAGCAGGGCACAUGGAGGCUGCACACAGGGAUCAACAGCUGGCCAGCCAUGGCAGUGUGUUGAGAGCAGCAGGGCACAUGGAGGCUGCACACAGGGAUCAACAGCUGGCCAGCCAUGGCAGUGUGUUGAGAGCAGCAGGGCACAUGGAGGCUGCACACAGGGAUCAACAGCUGGCCAGCCAUGGCAGUGUGUUGAGAGCAGCAGGGCACAUGGAGGCUGCACACAGGGAUCAACAGCUGGCCAGCCAUGGCAGUGUGUUGAGAGCAGCAGGGCACAUGGAGGCUGCACACAGGGAUCAACAGCUGGCCAGCCAUGGCAGUGUGUUGAGAGCAGCAGGGCACAUGGAGGCUGCACACAGGGAUCAACAGCUGGCCAGCCAUGGCAGUGUGUUGAGAGCAGCAGGGCACAUGGAGGCUGCACACAGGGAUCAACAGCUGGCCAGCCAUGGCAGUGUGUUGAGAGCAGCAGGGCACAUGGAGGCUGCACACAGGGAUCAACAGCUGGCCAGCCAUGGCAGUGUGUUGAGAGCAGCAGGGCACAUGGAGGCUGCACACAGGGAUCAACAGCUGGCCAGCCAUGGCAGUGUGUUGAGAGCAGCAGGGCACAUGGAGGCUGCACACAGGGAUCAACAGCUGGCCAGCCAUGGCAGUGUGUUGAGAGCAGCAGGGCACAUGGAGGCUGCACACAGGGAUCAACAGCUGGCCAGCCAUGGCAGUGUGUUGAGAGCAGCAGGGCACAUGGAGGCUGCACACAGGGAUCAACAGCUGGCCAGCCAUGGCAGUGUGUUGAGAGCAGCAGGGCACAUGGAGGCUGCACACAGGGAUCAACAGCUGGCCAGCCAUGGCAGUGUGUUGAGAGCAGCAGGGCACAUGGAGGCUGCACACAGGGAUCAACAGCUGGCCAGCCAUGGCAGUGUGUUGAGAGCAGCAGGGCACAUGGAGGCUGCACACAGGGAUCAACAGCUGGCCAGCCAUGGCAGUGUGUUGAGAGCAGCAGGGCACAUGGAGGCUGCACACAGGGAUCAACAGCUGGCCAGCCAUGGCAGUGUGUUGAGAGCAGCAGGGCACAUGGAGGCUGCACACAGGGAUCAACAGCUGGCCAGCCAUGGCAGUGUGUUGAGAGCAGCAGGGCACAUGGAGGCUGCACACAGGGAUCAACAGCUGGCCAGCCAUGGCAGUGUGUUGAGAGCAGCAGGGCACAUGGAGGCUGCACACAGGGAUCAACAGCUGGCCAGCCAUGGCAGUGUGUUGAGAGCAGCAGGGCACAUGGAGGCUGCACACAGGGAUCAACAGCUGGCCAGCCAUGGCAGUGUGUUGAGAGCAGCAGGGCACAUGGAGGCUGCACACAGGGAUCAACAGCUGGCCAGCCAUGGCAGUGUGUUGAGAGCAGCAGGGCACAUGGAGGCUGCACACAGGGAUCAACAGCUGGCCAGCCAUGGCAGUGUGUUGAGAGCAGCAGGGCACAUGGAGGCUGCACACAGGGAUCAACAGCUGGCCAGCCAUGGCAGUGUGUUGAGAGCAGCAGGGCACAUGGAGGCUGCACACAGGGAUCAACAGCUGGCCAGCCAUGGCAGUGUGUUGAGAGCAGCAGGGCACAUGGAGGCUGCACACAGGGAUCAACAGCUGGCCAGCCAUGGCAGUGUGUUGAGAGCAGCAGGGCACAUGGAGGCUGCACACAGGGAUCAACAGCUGGCCAGCCAUGGCAGUGUGUUGAGAGCAGCAGGGCACAUGGAGGCUGCACACAGGGAUCAACAGCUGGCCAGCCAUGGCAGUGUGUUGAGAGCAGCAGGGCACAUGGAGGCUGCACACAGGGAUCAACAGCUGGCCAGCCAUGGCAGUGUGUUGAGAGCAGCAGGGCACAUGGAGGCUGCACACAGGGAUCAACAGCUGGCCAGCCAUGGCAGUGUGUUGAGAGCAGCAGGGCACAUGGAGGCUGCACACAGGGAUCAACAGCUGGCCAGCCAUGGCAGUGUGUUGAGAGCAGCAGGGCACAUGGAGGCUGCACACAGGGAUCAACAGCUGGCCAGCCAUGGCAGUGUGUUGAGAGCAGCAGGGCACAUGGAGGCUGCACACAGGGAUCAACAGCUGGCCAGCCAUGGCAGUGUGUUGAGAGCAGCAGGGCACAUGGAGGCUGCACACAGGGAUCAACAGCUGGCCAGCCAUGGCAGUGUGUUGAGAGCAGCAGGGCACAUGGAGGCUGCACACAGGGAUCAACAGCUGGCCAGCCAUGGCAGUGUGUUGAGAGCAGCAGGGCACAUGGAGGCUGCACACAGGGAUCAACAGCUGGCCAGCCAUGGCAGUGUGUUGAGAGCAGCAGGGCACAUGGAGGCUGCACACAGGGAUCAACAGCUGGCCAGCCAUGGCAGUGUGUUGAGAGCAGCAGGGCACAUGGAGGCUGCACACAGGGAUCAACAGCUGGCCAGCCAUGGCAGUGUGUUGAGAGCAGCAGGGCACAUGGAGGCUGCACACAGGGAUCAACAGCUGGCCAGCCAUGGCAGUGUGUUGAGAGCAGCAGGGCACAUGGAGGCUGCACACAGGGAUCAACAGCUGGCCAGCCAUGGCAGUGUGUUGAGAGCAGCAGGGCACAUGGAGGCUGCACACAGGGAUCAACAGCUGGCCAGCCAUGGCAGUGUGUUGAGAGCAGCAGGGCACAUGGAGGCUGCACACAGGGAUCAACAGCUGGCCAGCCAUGGCAGUGUGUUGAGAGCAGCAGGGCACAUGGAGGCUGCACACAGGGAUCAACAGCUGGCCAGCCAUGGCAGUGUGUUGAGAGCAGCAGGGCACAUGGAGGCUGCACACAGGGAUCAACAGCUGGCCAGCCAUGGCAGUGUGUUGAGAGCAGCAGGGCACAAGGAGGCUGCACACAGGGAUCAACAGCUGGCCAGCCAUGGCAGUGUGUUGAGAGCAGCAGGGCACAUGGAGGCUGCACACAGGGAUCAACAGCUGGCCAGCCAUGGCAGUGUGUUGAGAGCAGCAGGGCACAUGGAGGCUGCACACAGGGAUCAACAGCUGGCCAGCCAUGGCAGUGUGUUGAGAGCAGCAGGGCACAUGGAGGCUGCACACAGGGAUCAACAGCUGGCCAGCCAUGGCAGUGUGUUGAGAGCAGCAGGGCACAUGGAGGCUGCACACAGGGAUCAACAGCUGGCCAGCCAUGGCAGUGUGUUGAGAGCAGCAGGGCACAUGGAGGCUGCACACAGGGAUCAACAGCUGGCCAGCCAUGGCAGUGUGUUGAGAGCAGCAGGGCACAUGGAGGCUGCACACAGGGAUCAACAGCUGGCCAGCCAUGGCAGUGUGUUGAGAGCAGCAGGGCACAUGGAGGCUGCACACAGGGAUCAACAGCUGGCCAGCCAUGGCAGUGUGUUGAGAGCAGCAGGGCACAUGGAGGCUGCACACAGGGAUCAACAGCUGGCCAGCCAUGGCAGUGUGUUGAGAGCAGCAGGGCACAUGGAGGCUGCACACAGGGAUCAACAGCUGGCCAGCCAUGGCAGUGUGUUGAGAGCAGCAGGGCACAUGGAGGCUGCACACAGGGAUCAACAGCUGGCCAGCCAUGGCAGUGUGUUGAGAGCAGCAGGGCACAUGGAGGCUGCACACAGGGAUCAACAGCUGGCCAGCCAUGGCAGUGUGUUGAGAGCAGCAGGGCACAUGGAGGCUGCACACAGGGAUCAACAGCUGGCCAGCCAUGGCAGUGUGUUGAGAGCAGCAGGGCACAUGGAGGCUGCACACAGGGAUCAACAGCUGGCCAGCCAUGGCAGUGUGUUGAGAGCAGCAGGGCACAUGGAGGCUGCACACAGGGAUCAACAGCUGGCCAGCCAUGGCAGUGUGUUGAGAGCAGCAGGGCACAUGGAGGCUGCACACAGGGAUCAACAGCUGGCCAGCCAUGGCAGUGUGUUGAGAGCAGCAGGGCACAUGGAGGCUGCACACAGGGAUCAACAGCUGGCCAGCCAUGGCAGUGUGUUGAGAGCAGCAGGGCACAUGGAGGCUGCACACAGGGAUCAACAGCUGGCCAGCCAUGGCAGUGUGUUGAGAGCAGCAGGGCACAUGGAGGCUGCACACAGGGAUCAACAGCUGGCCAGCCAUGGCAGUGUGUUGAGAGCAGCAGGGCACAUGGAGGCUGCACACAGGGAUCAACAGCUGGCCAGCCAUGGCAGUGUGUUGAGAGCAGCAGGGCACAUGGAGGCUGCACACAGGGAUCAACAGCUGGCCAGCCAUGGCAGUGUGUUGAGAGCAGCAGGGCACAUGGAGGCUGCACACAGGGAUCAACAGCUGGCCAGCCAUGGCAGUGUGUUGAGAGCAGCAGGGCACAUGGAGGCUGCACACAGGGAUCAACAGCUGGCCAGCCAUGGCAGUGUGUUGAGAGCAGCAGGGCACAUGGAGGCUGCACACAGGGAUCAACAGCUGGCCAGCCAUGGCAGUGUGUUGAGAGCAGCAGGGCACAUGGAGGCUGCACACAGGGAUCAACAGCUGGCCAGCCAUGGCAGUGUGUUGAGAGCAGCAGGGCACAUGGAGGCUGCACACAGGGAUCAACAGCUGGCCAGCCAUGGCAGUGUGUUGAGAGCAGCAGGGCACAUGGAGGCUGCACACAGGGAUCAACAGCUGGCCAGCCAUGGCAGUGUGUUGAGAGCAGCAGGGCACAUGGAGGCUGCACACAGGGAUCAACAGCUGGCCAGCCAUGGCAGUGUGUUGAGAGCAGCAGGGCACAUGGAGGCUGCACACAGGGAUCAACAGCUGGCCAGCCAUGGCAGUGUGUUGAGAGCAGCAGGGCACAUGGAGGCUGCACACAGGGAUCAACAGCUGGCCAGCCAUGGCAGUGUGUUGAGAGCAGCAGGGCACAUGGAGGCUGCACACAGGGAUCAACAGCUGGCCAGCCAUGGCAGUGUGUUGAGAGCAGCAGGGCACAUGGAGGCUGCACACAGGGAUCAACAGCUGGCCAGCCAUGGCAGUGUGUUGAGAGCAGCAGGGCACAUGGAGGCUGCACACAGGGAUCAACAGCUGGCCAGCCAUGGCAGUGUGUUGAGAGCAGCAGGGCACAUGGAGGCUGCACACAGGGAUCAACAGCUGGCCAGCCAUGGCAGUGUGUUGAGAGCAGCAGGGCACAUGGAGGCUGCACACAGGGAUCAACAGCUGGCCAGCCAUGGCAGUGUGUUGAGAGCAGCAGGGCACAUGGAGGCUGCACACAGGGAUCAACAGCUGGCCAGCCAUGGCAGUGUGUUGAGAGCAGCAGGGCACAUGGAGGCUGCACACAGGGAUCAACAGCUGGCCAGCCAUGGCAGUGUGUUGAGAGCAGCAGGGCACAUGGAGGCUGCACACAGGGAUCAACAGCUGGCCAGCCAUGGCAGUGUGUUGAGAGCAGCAGGGCACAUGGAGGCUGCACACAGGGAUCAACAGCUGGCCAGCCAUGGCAGUGUGUUGAGAGCAGCAGGGCACAUGGAGGCUGCACACAGGGAUCAACAGCUGGCCAGCCAUGGCAGUGUGUUGAGAGCAGCAGGGCACAAGGAGGCUGCACACAGGGAUCAACAGCUGGCCAGCCAUGGCAGUGUGUUGAGAGCAGCAGGGCACAAGGAGGCUGCACACAGGGAUCAACAGCUGGCCAGCCAUGGCAGUGUGUUGAGAGCAGCAGGGCACAUGGAGGCUGCACACAGGGAUCAACAGCUGGCCAGCCAUGGCAGUGUGUUGAGAGCAGCAGGGCACAUGGAGGCUGCACACAGGGAUCAACAGCUGGCCAGCCAUGGCAGUGUGUUGAGAGCAGCAGGAGCAUAG